AUGGCCUUUUGGACAUGGGAAGAAUGGGAAACCCAAUCAGACUGGCUUGCCCUCCACGGUGUCAAUCUGCCUCUAGCUUGGGCUGGUCAAGAAAAGAUUCUUGUGGAUGUAUUCCAAGAGAUUGGUCUUACCGACGCUGAGAUCGCAACGUUUCUCAGUGGACCCGCCUUUAAGGCAUGGAACCGAUUUGGAAACAACCAAGGUUCGUGGGUCGGGGAUCUCCCUCGGUCUUGGAUUGACCAGCAAUUUGCCCUGCAGAAGAAGAUUCUACCACGCAUAGUGGAACUGGGCAUGACACCUGUUCUGCCCUCAUUUACGGGAUAUAUGCCCAUGAACAUCACUCGUGUCCUUCGAGACGCACAGAUCUACUCAAAUGACUCGUUUCUAGAGCCAUUUGAUGAUCACUUUGCCAAAUUACAAUCCAGCUUCAUUAGCAAACAGCGUGCCGCGUAUGGCAGCAUCAGUCAUAUCUACACCUUGGAUCAGUACAUUGAAAAUUCUCCAUACUCUGGAGAUCUAGGUUAUCUUCGCAACGUCACCCUCAAUACAUGGAAGAGUCUCAAGCAAGCAGACCCAGACGCAAUCUGGAUGAUGCAAGGCUGGCCUUUCUACGCGCAGUCAGCUUUUUGGACUGAAGACCGGAUAGAAGCCUUCCUCUCGGGUGUGGAGGACAACAACGACAUGCUUAUUCUGGACCUCUUCUCUGAAUCCGCACCUCAAUGGCGCCGAACUCGGUCAUACCCCGGGAAGCCGUGGCUUUGGUGCCAGGUGCACGAUUAUGGAGGCAACAUGGGUCUCUACGGACAACUUACAAACAUCACCGUGAAUGCGACCCAAGCACAAAUUGAGUCUUCAUCGAUGGUCGGGUACGGGUUGACAAUGGAAGGGCAAGAGAGCAAUGAGAUCAUUUAUACUGCUUUGUUGGAUUAG